GUAUGAUAUAAUGAAUGACAUUUUUAUAUAUUUGUAAAUUGAACUAAGGCUCUGUGAUAGUGAGUAAUAUAAGUGAUAAGCACGCAAGAAAAAUUAAAAUCAAAACCAUCAAACUAAAUUCUUUAAUUAUAAAACAAAGGAUCAGAAAUAGUGUUUGGUCCGUGCAACACUGUGUGCUCGUGCGUAGCUCGCUCAUUCACGUCUGUCAGCGUGCACUCGUGCUGCUGCUUCUCAUCUAAUAAACAGAGUAGAUGCUGAGAGAGGGAGAGAGGUGUGACGGCAGCGGGAAAGCAAGACCUCACGCUCACAGGACAGUGCUGGUGACAUUUGAAAAGUUACUGAGGUUUGUCUAAAAAGUCGCUAGAUUUGUCGCUAGGCGCUUUUUUGAAAAAUAGUCGCUAAAGGGGUCUGAAAAGUCGCUAAAUCUAGCGACAAAGUCGCUAAGUUGGCAACACUGAUUGUGUAGUUAUGGCAUCUAUUAGUAGGGACAGUCUUCUGAAGUCAAACCUUCAGUCUUUGGACACACCCAUUUUGCCCACGUCUUAAGAAUACCAUUUCUGGAAACACCCAGAGACUGAACACAUUUUGCAGGGAGUGCCUUACCGGGAUUUACUAAGUAUUUAAGAAUAAAGCUUAGCUGCAAUGGUUGACUUUGACAGUGUUUAGGCUGUUGUUUGUUUUGCUGUGUGCAUUUGUGUUCACAGAAAAAUGGCAGACGUUGGUAUGUCAUGGCUUGAGGAUCAGUUCAACUCUUCAGUCUGUCUGGAUCUACUGAAGGAUCCAGUGAUCUUUCCCUGUGGACACAGUUACUGUAUGAGCUGUAUUACAGGCUGCUGGGAUCAGGAUGAUCAGAAGAGAGUCUACAGCUGUCCUCAGUGCAGACAGACCUUCACUCCAAGACCUGUUUUAAGUAAAAACACCAUGCUGGCUGAAGUGCUGGAGAAACUCAAGAAGACAAAACUACAUGCUACUCGCCCUGUUUGGUGUGAGUGUGACAUCUGUACUUGGGAUAAAAACAAAGCCAUCAAGUCUUGUCUGGUGUGUCGGAUCUCUUUUUGCCAAAAUCACCUCAAAGAACAUGACAGUUUCUUUCAAAGACACAGUAUGACAGAUGUCACGGGACGACUGCAGGAGAUGAUCUGCUCUCAACAUGAUAAACCACUGGAAUAUUUUUGUCAUACUGACCAGCAGUAUAUCUGUUAUCUGUGUAUGAUGGAUGAGCACAAAAACCAUGAGACUGUAUCAGCUGCAGCAGAGAGGAGUGAGAAACUGGAUAUCCAGCACAAAAAGAAGGGGGUCAUGCGUUGUUAUGCAGCUUCAGCUGACGUGUUUGGGCCUCUCAUUUUCCCUUUUGGACCAGACUCACCGAGCACCACUGUCAGAUAUCCCCUCUCUUCUGAUGCACAAGCAUCUGCCUCUCAGCCAAAAGAGAAACUAGAUAGAUGGCAAAUACAGAAGAUAUAUGGAAUGGAUUGGAGCAGCAUAAAUCUUCAGUACAGGAAGACAGUUAUUGACAGAUGCAAGUUUGUGACAGAGUAUAACCCUCCAUCUAAUGAACGUGUGGAACUGGCUGCCCGUUACACUGAACCAGUGAUCAUUCAGAGGAGCAAAGAGCAGGCUGAGAAAUACUAUCGUGAACAUGUGAAGUCUGCUCAAGCUUCUGGAGCAAAAACAUCAUCUCAGCUGUUAUCAAAUGACAAGAAUCACAGCAUCAGAAUAGACCAGCUGUUCAGUGCCGACAGUGAUGGAAAAACACCGAAAACUGUGAUUCUCAGUGGUGAUUCUGGAAGAGGUAAAUCCUUCACAUUACAGAAGAUCAUGUUGGACUGGGCUUCUGGAGAACUUUACUCUGAAAUAUUUGAUCUAGUUUUUCUGUUGAAGUGUGAAGAGCUGAAGUGUGUUUCUGAUGUGAAGAGCUUGAUUGAUCUCUUGAGCUGCAGGAGCAGUUUAACAUCAGAUCAGAUCUCAGAGAUACUAGAGUUAACACCAGAGAAAGUCCUCUUCCUCAUUGAUGGAAUGGAUGAGUAUGAGUCUUGUUCACUCAUUCAUUUUGUUCCUUCACACAGUAAUCCAUCCAAGAGAGCGUCAUCUAUGGUUAUUCUUAGGAACCUGUUGAGGGGAGUCUUGCUGCCAGAAUCAUUCAUGCUUGUAACUAUGAGAUCUAUAGCCGCUGAUACUGUGAUGAAUCUCAUUGAGGGGCCUCAGCGUUUCACUGAGAUUAUGGGUUUCUCUGAGAGAGGGGUGCAGGAGUACUUCCACAAGUUCUUUCAGGAUGAGCAACUCUUUAAGAAAACAUAUGAGAGUGUGAAGACAAAUGAAGGCCUCAUGACUACCUGCUCUGUGCCUUUGCUGUGUUGGAUGGUCUGUUUUUGUCUGAAGAAAUACUCAACUGAUAGUCAGGUUAUGGUGAAAAAACUAAAGACAACCACCUCCAUAUAUGUGCACUUUGUGUCUGCUCUACUGGAGCAUCAUGGCCAGAGUAAGUAUGUCCUCAUCACGCUGAGGAAUCUGGGUCAGCUGGCACAAAGAGGAAUACAAAAUCAGCAAGUCUUUUUUGAUGAAAACGAUGUGGCAGAGACUGGCUUAGUUGCCGCCAAGUGUCUGUUCUUGUAUAAAGAUUAUGUUAAUGGAAAAGAAAAACCAGAACCAGUUUUCAAGUUCAUGCACUUCAGCUUUCAGUGGUUUUUCGCUGCUCUUUGGGUCCUGCUUGAUGAAGAAGUGUCUUGGUGGAAAGUCAGUGAACUGUUGAACUUGAUGGGCUCAGCUAUAGUUGAAUGCCUAUCUCUUGAAAGAAGAUCAAAUCCCAUCCCAUCAGUUUUGCUGUUCUUCUAUGGUCUCUUAAAUGAGGAGGUGAUCAGCUCACUUUUUAAAAAAAUCAAAUUAACUGUCUCUAACACCAUAAAACUGAGGAAAAGAAAACUGAAGAAAACACUGAAGCAAAGAAUUCUUACAAUGACAACAUGGCAUGGAUGUGAACUAUAUGUUCUCCAAUGUCUGUAUGAGCUCCAAAAUGUGGGGUUUGAAAGGAAAGUUCUGGAAGCUCACAGCUUCAUGGAUCUGUCUAACAUUUCCCUGAGGAGCACAGACUGUUGGGUGCUGCUGUACUGUCUUCAGUGCUGUCCACACAUCACAGAACUGAACCUCAUGUACUGUGAUUUAACAGCUGAAAACCUCAAGAUUCUUCAGCCAGCACUCUGUAUGUGUGAGACUCUGAGGUUGUCAGUGAAAAACCUUCCAGAAGUUGGAGAUUUGAUCCAGAUUCUUGGAGAAUCAAAAAUCUUGAAAGAACUGAAAGUUCAAGAGGAUGAAUACAGCACUGAGAGUCCCAGAUGGACGCUUGAUCUGUCAGUGACUUCUGGAGAAAUCUUGUUGUCUUUGAGCUCAUUUCCAGCAGUCUUAAACAUCAGUCUUACAUGUUCACACUCAGAGAUAACCAACAUUGACUGGACACUCUUCUUACAGACACUCAGCAAAGCAGGAAAAGCAGAAGACUCUUCAGCUCUUGAGGAUCAUGUCAGUUUGCUGUUGUCUUCAUUUCACUCUGUGUGUUUGAAGAAGUUGGAACUGAAGGUGUUCAGUCUGAAUGAGAGCUGGGCUUCUGGGAUCAUUUCCCUCGUUGAGACCUGCACCAGUCUACAGGAGAUCAGGCUGAACAUCUCUGCUGAACCUUCUGAGAUGAAUCUUCACUGUCAGACUUGUGUUCACAUUGUUGAUAGUGAUCAGUGGGUUCAGGUGGAGCCGUCAGUCUGUACAGAUGAAGGAGGGUCAAAGUUCAGGAUCAGCACUCAGGCAGGGUCGAUUCGAGUGCAGCAGGACCAGAAUGCGAUGGGUCUGUUCUGGUGACGUCACUCUCCAGUACCGUGCAGUAGAUGGACAUUUCCUCAGUGCAGAGCUGAAGAGGCUUCAAUGUGAGCGAAUUGGUCCAGUGAUUGAUGUGACCGUGAUCUCAGGGAAACUGGAGGAGGCUCAUCUGCCUCAUUACGCCUGUUUAGCAGAGUCUGACCCCUCCCUCAAAGAUGCUGUGAAGGUUCUCAGCAAAAGAGAUGAAGGAAUAUUUUUACAGUCUGUAGAGUUGACCCGUUAUCAUGCCAAAAUACUCCAACCAUCCUUCUCUCUUACAACUCUAAUUAUAAGCUGGAUCAUGAAGUGGGAAACACACUGUAAUCUUCUUCUCUACAUGCGCUGUAAAGAUCCUCUCAUUCUUCACAUCUACUUUUUUCCAGUGAAUGACACUUGUUCAAAAGAGAAAGUUGAGCAGAAUGAAAAA